UAACUUAUUGAUAGAGUGGAAGUGUAUGCAAAUAGUUCCUUUAUUGCUAUUGUUCGUUGCAGAUAGCUGUGAAGGGUGAGAAAGUUCAAAUACGUUCAGAUAGCUUCGUCAUGUAGAUCAUCACCACAAUUCAAAGCUUUGUCUGCAGGUGACCAAGUGAAAGAAGACCCAAAUGAGAUUUUAGACUCUGGAUUUUAGACUCGGUCCUUCAUGAUCCGGUUCUCUCUCAUCACAAUUGAGUCGAAUUAAAUGAGAUUUAUAGGAUGGAUGGUGUUGGUUUACCAGCUUUAAUCAUUUUGAUGAAAUAGAAGAUGAUUUUAAGUAUACGUUUUUGCUGGGUAUUUCACAGAGCAGCUAAAUCUAGUCAUCUGAGAGUGGUUGGAACCUUCAACCUCUUUGCGCUUAUAUAUCAGUGGGUGAUAUUAUCUGUUCUUCUGAUUGAUUACUUUCGUAUGUGGUGACUAUGAGACACCAAAGCCAACAGCUCUCUCCUCCUCUGUCAAUCCAGAACUAGCAUGGAGAAGCUCUGUAACAUGUCGGCAGUGUUUCUUAGGACUUUGAUCGGCCUCCUCCUCCUCCUCUUUCACCUAAAGCAUGCAGCCUCUAGCGGUGGAAACGAUAGCUUCACCUUCAACGGAUUCGGACGCCUCAAUCUUACCUUCGAUGGGGUGGCCAACGUCACCUCCGAUGGUCUGCUGAUGCUCACCGACAUGUCAACGCAGGCGAAGGGCCAUGCCUUCUACCCUACUCCGCUUCGUUUCCGGAACCGGACGAACGGUACAAUCUUCUCCUUCUCCACCACUUUUGUCUUCGGCUUCAUCUCAGCAUACACCAACCUUAGCGGGAACGGGAUGGCUUUCUUCGUUUCUCCCACCGAGGACUUCUCUGCAGCCUUAGGAAGUCAGUACUUGGGCCUCUUCAACCAAAGCAGCGACGGUAACUCGAACAAUCAUGUCCUUGCGAUUGAGAUUGACACGAUCUAUAACCCCGAUGUUCUGGAUAUUGAUGACAACCAUGUCGGGAUCGAUAUCAACAGUGUGAAAUCCAGCACAUCCCACGUUGCUGGUUAUUACGCUGACGACACUGGAUCGUUCACAGAUCUAAGCCUUAGAAGUGAAAAAGCUAUGCAAGUUUGGAUAGACUAUGACGGCCAUGAGAUGCUGCUUAACGUGACCAUGGCUCCAAUCCCAAUGGCCAAGCCGCAUAAACCUCUAUUGUCUGCCACCAUUGAUCUCUCAAGCGUGCUGUUAUCAGAUCCCAUGUAUGUUGGAUUCUCCUCCUCCACUGGUUCUUUCAAAACAUCUCAUUAUGUUCUUGGUUGGAGCUUUAGGAUGAAUGGGGUAGCUGAACCUCUCGACUGCUCUUUGCUGCCAUCGCUUCCUCUGGCAAAGUCAAAUGGCAAGUCAAAGGUUUUGGACAUCGUGCUGCCCUUGGCGUCGGCUGGACUUGCUGUGAUCAUCGCAGGGAUCAUCGUGUUCAUUGUGAGGUGGAGGAUCAAGUAUGCAGAAGUGCUCGAGGAUUGGGAGCUUGAGUAUGGGCCUCAUCGGUUCUCCUACAGAGAUCUGUUCAUCGCUACCAAGGGUUUUAAAGAUAAGGAGAUGCUCGGAAUAGGCGGAUUCGGAAAGGUCUACAAGGGGGUGCUACAGACUUCUAAAUCAGAGAUUGCGGUAAAGAGAGUGUCUCACGAAUCACAACAGGGCAUGAGGGAGUUCAUAGCAGAGAUCGUCAGCAUCGGCCGCCUCCGCCACCGCAACCUUGUUCGGUUGUUGGGCUAUUGCCGACGCAAAGGGGAGCUGCUGUUGGUGUAUGAUUACAUGCCCAAUGGCAGCCUCGAUAGGUUCUUGUAUGACCAAGAGAAGCCUACUCUGGAUUGGGCGACGCGGUUCCGGAUCAUCAAAGGCGUGGCAUCAGGGCUUCUGUAUCUCCACGAAGAUUGGGAGCAAGUCGUCAUCCACAGAGACAUCAAGGCGAGCAAUGUGCUGCUGGACAAUGAAUUGAAUGGAAGGUUGGGCGACUUUGGCCUAGCAAGGUUAUAUGAUCAUGGAACCGAUCCACACACCACCCACAUCGUCGGAACCAUGGGUUAUCUUUCUCCCGAGCUUGUUCGAACAGGCAAGGCGACCACCGUCACCGACGUCUUUGCGUUCGGGGUCUUCCUCUUGGAGGUUGCUUGCGGGAGGCGGCCGGUGGACUCGGUCGCGUACGGGGAGGAACUGAUUUUGUUGGAUUGGGUGGUGGAGAAUUGGCGGAAGGGAUCGAUACUUGCGACGAGAGAUCGGAGGCUGGGAAAUGAGUACGUAAUGGAGGAGGUGGAGCUGGUUCUGAAGCUUGGAUUGCUGUGCUCGCAUCCGCUGCCAACAGGCAGGCCGAGCAUGCGGCAAGUGGUGGAGUACUUGGAGGGCGAAGCAGCACUUCCGGAACUGUCGCCGACUUACCUCGGCUUCAGCGUUCUUGCGUUGCUUCACAAUGAAGGCUUCGAUGAUUACAUCAUGUCGUAUCCUUCCGGGAACGGGAUGGCUUUCUUCGUGUCUCCCACCGAGGACUUCUCUGCAGCCUUAGGAAGUCAGUUCUUGGGCCUCUUUAACCAAAGUAGCGACGGUAACUCGAACAAUCAUGUCCUCGCGAUUGAGAUUGACACGAACUAUAACCCCGAUGUUCUGGAUAUUGAUGACAACCAUGUUGGGAUCGAUAUCAACGGCGUGAUAUCCAACGCAUCCCACGCUGCUGGUUAUUACGCUAACGACAAUGGAUCGUUCACAUACCUAAGCCUUAGAAGUGAAAAAGCUAUGCAAGUUUGGAUAGACUAUGACGGCCAUGAGAUGCUGCUUAACGUGACCAUGGCUCCAAUCCGAAUGGCCAAGCCGCAUAAACCUCUGUUGUCCGCCACCAUUGAUCUCUCAAGCGUGUUGUUAUCAGAUCCCAUGUAUGUUGGAUUCUCCUCCUCCACUGGUUCUUUCAAAACAUCUCAUUAUGUUCUUGGUUGGAGCUUUAGGAUGAAUGGGAUAGCUGAACCUCUCGACUACUCCUUGCUGCCAUCGCUUCCUCGGGCAAAGUCAAAUGGCAAGUCAAAGGUUUUGGACAUCGUGCUGCCCUUGGCAUCGGCUGGACUUGCUGUGAUCAUCGCAGGGAUCAUCGUGUUCAUGGUGAGGUGGAGGAUCAAGUAUGCAGAAGUGCUCGAGGAUUGGGAGCUUGAGUAUGGGCCUCGUCGGUUCUCCUACAGAGAUCUGUUCAUUGCUACCAAGGGUUUUAAAGAUAAGGAGCUGCUCGGAAUAGGCGGAUUCGGAAAGGUCUACAAGGGGGUGCUAAAGACUUCUAAAUCAGAGAUUGCGGUGAAGAGAGUGUCUCACGAAUCAAGACAAGGCAUGAGGGAGUUCAUAGCAGAGAUCGUCAGCAUCGGCCGCCUCCGCCACCGCAACCUUGUUCAGUUGUUGGGCUAUUGCCGGCGCAAAGGGGAGCUGCUGUUGGUGUAUGAUUACAUGCCCAAUGGCAGCCUGGACAAGUUUCUGUAUGGCCAAGACAAGCCUACUCUGGAUUGGGCGACGCGGUUCCGGAUCGUCAAAGACGUGGCAUCAGGGCUUCUGUAUCUACAUGAGGGCUGGGAGCAAGUCGUCAUCCACAGAGAUAUCAAGGCGAGCAAUGUGCUGCUGGACAAUGAAUUGAACGGAAGGUUGGGUGACUUUGGCCUAGCAAGGUUAUAUGAUCAUGGAACCGAUCCACACACCACCCACAUCGUCGGAACCAUGGGUUAUCUUGCUCCCGAGCUUGUUCGAACAGGCAAGGCGACCACCGUCACCGACGUCUUUGCGUUCGGGGUCUUCCUCUUGGAGGUUGCUUGCGGGAGGCGGCCGGUGGACUCGGUCGCAUACGGGGAGGAACUGAUUUUGUUGGAUUGGGUGGUGGAGAAUUGGCGGAAGGGAUCGAUACUUGCGACGAUAGAUCCGAGGCUGGGAAAUGAGUACGUAAUGGAGGCGGUGGAGCUGGUUCUGAAGCUUGGAUUGCUGUGCUCGCAUCCGCUGCCAACAGGCAGGCCGAGCAUGCGGCAAGUGGUGGAGUACUUGGAGGGCGAAGCAGCACUUCCGGAACUGUCGCCGACUUACCUCGGCUUCAGCGUUCUUGCGAUGCUUCACAAUGAAGGCUUCGAUGAUUACAUCAUGUCAUAUCCUUCGUCGGUGGCCAUUUCUUGAGCUUGGUAAUUGCAGAUGAGAAGCGUUACAUG